UCGCUCAUCAUUGGCCCACUAGAAAACCGCGCAGGUCCCCCUUUUUUCUAUCUCUUGAUCAAAACUCAAAGCCCUAAAAUUAUUAUUCCACCAGCAACAAAACAGAAAAUGGAAAUGCAAAGCGACUUUGAUCGUCUUCUUUACUUCGAACACGCUCGCCGUAACGCUGAAACCACCUACGCCAAAAAUCCUCUUGAUGCCGAGAAUUUAACUAGAUGGGGAGGUGCGUUACUUGAGCUAUCCACUUUCCAGAAUGUUCAGGAUUCUAAAGUUAUGAUUAAAGAUGCUAUAUCGAAACUGGAUGAAGCGUUAGCGAUUGAUCCGAAGAAACAUGAAGCAUUAUGGUGUAUAGGGAAUGCAAAAACAUCUUAUGCUUUUUUGACUCCUGAUAAAGAUGAAGCUAAGCCUUACUUUGAUUCCGCUUAUACUUACUUUCAGCAAGCUGUUAAUGAGGAACCAGGGAACGAACUUUACCGCAAGUCAUAUGAAGUGGCUCCAAAGGCUCCUGAAUUACACUCAGAGCUCCAUAAACAGGGGUUUAGUCCAGAAGUUAUGGGGCCAGCGCCAGGUAUCAUAACAGGUCCUUCAACUUCGUCUAGUGUCAAGGGUCCCAAGACGCAAAAGAGCAGCGAUCUGAAGUAUGAUAUCAUGGGAUGGGUUAUUCUUGCUGCUACUAUUGUGGUUUGGGUUGGAUUUGCUAAAGCAAAUAUACCUUCACCACCUCCCCAAUAAGCUCGUCUGACGAUAUCCAAUGGCUUUAUAUGGUAGAUAUGGUGUACCCGUGGUGGCAAGAAUAGGAGCUUGGAAGUUGCUUGUUUUGGUGAAUUUUAUUAAAUUUUGACCUCAAUAGUGAGUUUAAAUUACAUGAAGGUUGAUUAAAGAUAUUUCAUGUCUUAUAAAUAGAUAUUACUAUUACAUUUUUGUUGUGUUUUCAAUGAAGAACCUGUUUUAUCGUUAUGAUUAAUUGAGUUGGAGCAUUGAUUUUCAAA